GAGCUCACCGUUGUCCUUCCAUUUAUAAUCUCAAAUAGAAAGGAAAAUAAUUCACUCUGGGCAGAUCGUAACGAACAUUCCCAAAUUAUGAUUCAGCUUCAACAAGCUCGCCCAGCUUUAUACUUUCUUCAUUUAGAUCUUUCCUCUCGCAUCAUUCCCAGGCUCUGAUUCAAUCAGAUCUUAACAAAACCUUGAACCACACCGAUCUGAUCUGCAAAUUACUAGGGACUCGUAGGACGACCAAACAAAAAAAAGAGAAAUGGCAGGGGCAGCAUCGGCCCUAUUCCUUCUAGAUAUAAAGGGCCGCGUUCUGGUGUGGCGUGAUUACCGUGGCGACGUCUCCGCCACUCAAGCUGAGCGCUUUUUCACCAAACUCAUCGAAAAGGAGGGGGAUCCGCAGUCACAAGAUCCAGUGGUGUACGAUAAUGGAGUUACGUACAUGUUUAUACAGCACAGCAACGUUUACUUGAUGACCGCGACGAGGCAGAAUUGCAAUGCCGCCAGUCUUCUUUUCUUCCUUCACCGUCUAGUUGAUGUCUUUAAGCAUUAUUUUGAGGAGUUAGAAGAGGAAUCGCUUAGGGAUAACUUUGUUGUAGUGUAUGAGUUACUUGAUGAGAUUAUGGAUUUUGGCUACCCUCAAUACACUGAAGCAAAAAUACUUAGUGAAUUUAUCAAGACUGAUGCAUAUAGGAUGGAAGUUACUCAGAGGCCUCCAAUGGCUGUUACUAAUGCAGUCUCUUGGAGGAGUGAAGGGAUAAACUACAAGAAGAAUGAAGUUUUUUUGGAUGUGGUAGAAAGUGUGAACAUACUUGUCAACAGCAAUGGACAGAUAAUUAGGUCGGAUGUUGUUGGGGCAUUGAAGAUGAGAACUUAUUUGAGUGGUAUGCCCGAGUGUAAGCUUGGCCUAAAUGAUAGAGUAUUGCUUGAGGCACAAGGCCGAGCUACAAAGGGAAAGGCAAUUGAUUUGGAGGAUAUAAAGUUUCAUCAGUGUGUUCGUCUGGCCCGAUUCGAAAAUGACCGAACUAUAUCCUUCAUACCACCCGAUGGGUCCUUUGAUCUCAUGACAUAUAGACUUAGUACUCAGGUAAAGCCUCUCAUCUGGGUAGAAGCUCAAGUUGAAAAACAUUCAAGAAGCCGAGUUGAGAUUAUGGUAAAGGCCAGGAGUCAGUUCAAGGAGCGCAGCACUGCUACAAAUGUGGAGAUUGCGGUGCCUGUGCCUGCUGAUGCUUCUAGUCCAAAUGUUCGUACAUCAAUGGGGUCUGCAACGUACGCACCUGAAAAUGAUGCAUUAAUGUGGAAAAUAAGAUCUUUUCCUGGUGGCAAGGAGUAUAUGUUGAGGGCAGAGUUUUCUCUUCCUAGCAUAACAGAUGAAGAGGCAACUCCAGAGAGAAAAGCUCCUAUACGUGUGAAGUUUGAGAUUCCUUAUUUUACUGUUUCUGGGAUACAGGUUCGUUAUUUGAAGAUUAUUGAGAAAAGUGGUUACCAGGCUCUUCCAUGGGUACGGUACAUAACAAUGGCUGGCGAGUAUGAACUAAGACUUAUUGGAUAGCCAUUUCUUUAUGUUUACAUUUCCAAUUCA